AACAAUGUGUUGCACCGUGAUCUGAAAGCUGCCAACAUUUUGAUCGACAAAAAUGGAGUGCUGAAAAUAGCCGAUUUCGGUCUCGCCCGGACUACUGUUGCUUCACUUCGAGCCGAUCGUCCAACUCGGUACACCGGUCGAGUAGUAACUUUAUGGUACCGACCACCAGAAAUCCUUCUCAACGAUCGACAUUACGGAAAAGCGGUUGAUCUUUGGGGCGCCGGUUGUAUAAUGGCCGAACUUUGGACUAAAUUUCCUAUUAUGCAGGGAGACAACGAAAUCAACCAACUCAAUCUCAUCAUCAACCUAUGUGGUUCUAUCACACCAGAAGUUUGGCCGGGUGUUCAACGUCUGGAAGCCUACCGAGAAGCUCGUCUUCCACAAGACAUCAAACGACAUGUCCGCGAGAAGUUGACUCCGAAAAUACCCUCCCUUGCUGCAGUCGAGUUAAUUGAUCAGCUCCUGGUUCUUGAUCCGAGCAAACGUCUAGAUGCAGAACAAGCUUUAUCUCACGAGUACUUCUAUGAAGAUCCUCCACCUGGUGAUCUACGAACCUUUUCCAAAUCCGGAACAUCCUAUUUGGAGUUUUUGUCCUCUUCAAAUAACCCUCGUGGACGCAUUCAGCCGGGAAUGAAUCGGCCGGGUGGGGGCCCUGGAGUUCGUGGACCUCCAAUGGGUCCUGGACAACCUGGGAACUAUAUGGGACCCCCAAACCGUCGACCUCCCAUGGCAGAUGAUAAUAUUUAUUACGAUCGGGUUUUUUAA